AUGGCCCGUAGAGGUCGAAAAUGUAAGCGCGCUGCAAAUGGAUUGAGAGAUGAACCAAUUGAGCAACCUCCCUCAUGUCAUGAAACAAGGCAGCAGCCUCCACUUGGAACAAGCCAUGAAAAUGUAAUUGAACAAGUUCAAGGAGAAGCUGCUCGGGCACCUCAAUCUCCAAUUCAGAAUUCUACAUUGGGAAUAAUGCAUGAAUCAGGUGACCAAGUUACUCAACAAGCUGGUAGAGGAAAAGAAACUACAAAUGAUUCAAGUGAAGUACAUCAGAAAACCCGAAGCCCUACAUUUAUGAAAGAAAUUUGGGGUCGGCCUAAGGACCUUCCACGGAUUGAGAUUAAACUCGAUGACAAUGGGAUCCCAAUAAGUGAGAAAACCUCUUUCUCUGAAUUCUUGGGCAGUUUGGCUAGGAAUGGUAUGUAUUGUCCAAUAGAUGUUGAAAGUUGGCUUAAGAUGCCAAGGAAACUUAAAAUGGACAUGUUAGAAGUGAUAAAGGAAAGGUUUGCUUUGCCUAUGGGACUAGAAGCUUGGACCUUAAGAUCUAUUGGCAAAAAAUGGAGAAGUUGGAAGGCAGAUUUAAAGGCUACAUAUUUUGAUCCUACCGUGCCAAAUGCUGAAGCUCGGUUUCAAAAGGACAUAAGGGUACGGGAAGAGCAAUGGAUCAAACUUUGGGCUUAUUGGAAAAGUGAAGAAGCAAAGAAACUAAGUGAGAGGAACAAGAAAGCUAGAGGGGAGAAGAAGAUGAACCACACAACUGGAAAAAAGUCAUUUGCUCAUCUUCGGAACCACUUGGCCAAACAGUUGCGAAGACCUCCUACUAGAGUAGAAAUGUUCAAUAAGUUUUAUACCCAUGCCGAUGGAACUCCAUCAAGUACCAUGGUUGCUGAGAAUUUGGAAAAAAUGAAUGAGCUGAAAAAUCAGCUUCCAUCGGAGUCACAAGAUCCAGUUGGUCGCAAUGAUAUAUUUGCCCAGGUGGUUGGGCAAGACAAACAUGGUCAUGUUCGCUUGUUUAGUGAUGGUGUGAAUCCAACGGACUUAUGGGAAGACAUUCCUAGUCGUAACACAUGUUACCGUAUAAGUGUUCAACAACAGUCAUCAUUGGUCCGUUUGGAGGAAAGGCUUCAGCGACAAGAUGAUGAAAUAGCCAUCUUGAAGAAAAUGGUUUUAGUUCAACAUGGAAGGGGCUCUCCAAUUGACAGCCCGAGACAUCCUUCAUCAUCAUCUAACAAUGUAGGGAAUAUGGUUUCACUAAAAAGUUUGUUUGACCCAACAAAAUUCGUGGCAAAGGGAUAUUUACGGAGUCUGAAUCCAUUGGAUGAGGUCGGGGGACAAGCUCUUGGGCCAAACUGGUGUGAAAUACAAAUACAAGUUGCAAUGAGUCCACGUGAGCAAUUGAUUAGACCGUAUGAUUUGCAGCAAACAAUUCAAGAUGCACUUGGUGCACCAGUUGCUUGGCCUUGUCAUUUGGUGGAAACAGCUGAAGAAUGA